GGAUUCCAUGCCUUUGUAGCCAGUCAUUCCUAACAAAUUUCCAAAGAGAACGAAACGCUUUGGGGAGCUGCACAGAUCGGACUUUUCACUAUGGCAAGACGAUUGCGAGGAACUGAGUUCGACUUCAAGAAGCUAUGCGAUUCCUUUGUUGAGAUUUGUCCCGACUUUGGUAUAAUGUCUGGCUCCCAAAAUUUAGAAAGCUUGGACUUUGCCAAUCGUGUCAUCUUCGAGCUGGGACCCGAGAUACGCCAACUGAAGCAAAGCGGAAAGGAUAAGAUGUGGUGUUUGAACUUUCAUGGAGGUGGCAGUGUCUAUGUUUAUACUUAUACGUUCCAGAAACCAAUUAACGGACAGCCACGUCUCGGAGGCGGAAAACUUUAUCUGACUGUGAAACAAGCAGGUCUCCUGGCCGUCAAAAAGAUAUGUGAUGUUCUCCCAACUCACCAGAAUCCGCGCGAUAAGAUUCUGCUGACACCACUAGCCAGAUCUGUUUUUGAUCCCAAAAAUAUUCCAAAGAUUGCUGACGAAUUGUCGGCUCUGGUCGGGCGUGUGGUCAAUCGCGUAGAGGUGGUGCGAGCUGUGAUCUGUAGCUGCCAGAGCGAUGGCUUCCACCUGGAGUACAGCCAGACUCACAUUGCCUUGGUGGCUGUUGGGGUCACUGCACAAGAAUUCGCCCAACGAAAAUAUCAACGCCGUAGGACCAUUAAACAGUACGGCCAACAUGGGAAAAUCUUUAACCUUCAUCUGUAUCGAAUCUAUGCCAAGUAUUCGAAAAUGUCUGAUCAAAUUGCUGAUGAGGAACCUUUACCCCAGUCCGAUCCGCCCAUAGAGCCGAAGCCAAACAGCAGCUCCAGCGUUGAAGCCGUACUACGUUCCAUUGUCAAAUCUCCCGACGAUAUGCUAAGUGGUGGAUCCAUCGACAUGAAAUUCGUCCCACCACCUAAUCAGGAGAGAAGAGCUCAAGUGGAGGCCAUGCCAACGGCAAUGAAUAUCCGCCUGGAUGGAACAAACUUCCAAACAAUGAAGAACAAUUUGAUGCCUCCCAAAAAUCACAAAACAGACCCAUCGUUUUCUGUUAUACCGAUUUGAUUAUAAAUCUUUGUUUUAAAUUGUCUU